CAAACACACACACACACAUAUUCAAAGAGGUCAGCUCGCGUGCUGCGACUUGAAUGGGAUAUAACCGAGAGCCGCGAGACUCAAUAUAAGAAGCAUAGGAACUACUCGUUGUGCUGUGUCACACAAGGGAGAGAGCGGCGACGACGGCGGGGCAAAUUCCAGCCACUCCGGCGUUUAUUUGGGAAGAAGAAAAGGAGGGAAGCAGAACUGUUUAAGGGAUCUGAACUUAAACAAAGCCAUUCAACUGAUGAUGUUUGGAAUGGGGUGGCCUCAGCUAACGAAGAGAACAAUCAGUAUUUAAGGGAGUUAAACACCCUAGGUUCUCGAGCUUUUUCACACGAGAGUGUAUUUAUCCCUGAGGACUCCGAGAAGGCAUACUCAGGGCAGACAAUGUCCCUGGAGAAUUUUUCAGACAAAGUCAGGAACAUUCAGAUGCAAAUUGGACAUAAUAUCAAGUUUGGUCAGAGACCCCCUUCACUUAGGAAGAGUGAGGGAGAUGAAGGUAGCUCAGAUGAAGAAGAGGUACCACAAAGUCCAUUGAGGGUUGUUGCUCAGGUGGAGAGUGAGCCACAGGAGGCGGAAGCCAAGGAAAAGGCUGUCAGCCAUGAUGUAGUCCAGCACAGCACUCCAGUCCAAUCCCCACGCACAAAACUCCCACCUCCCCCUGGUACAAUUGAGUCCAUCAAUCUAGAUGCUGUUCCUCAGUCGGUCCCACGCUUAGACAACACUGCUGCCAAACACAAACUGUCUGUCAAACCGAAGAACCAGAGGGUGUCUCGCAAACACAGAAGGUUCACACAGGAUUUUCAAAAAUUGGAUCUCUCUGAAAUGCAAGAGGAAACAGAAACACAAAUACACGAAGAAGUAUUUGACUUGCCAAGUGAGGACUAUAACAUUAUGCAUAGGAUCAAAGAAGAUUAUGAGCCCACUGAGAAAUACAUUAGAAAGCAACUUCAUGAGGAGGAACAAGAACGGCUUGAGGUUCAAAGAAGUGAACAAGAGGAAGAGAGAAAUAGGGAGAAACAAUUGAAGAUAAUUGAGGAACAGAGGCUAAAAGAAGAACAAAGGCAAAAGAAAGAAGAUGAGAGGAAGCAACAAGAAGAAGAGGAGAAAAUAGCAACGGAAGAGGAACAAAGAAGGAAAGAAGAGCAUCGAUUAAGACAGGAGGAAGAGAGAAACAGGCAAGAGGAGGAGGAAAGGAUGAGGAAAGAGGAAAGAAGAGCAGAGGAGAGAAGGCGGCAAGAACUUGAGGUAGAGCGUUUUCGUCUGGAAGAGGAAAGUAAAAGGGAGCAGGAGGAGAGAAGGAGAAAGGAGGCAGACAAACUUAAGAUUCAGGAGUUAAAGGAGAAACAAAAGAAAGAAGAAGAGCAAUGGCUUAAUGAGGAACAAAUACGCCAACAGGUGGAAGAGGCUGAGAGGAAAAGACAAGAAAAAAAGAGGGAGGAAGAGGAAAGAAAGAGGCAACAACAAGAAGAGAAAGCAGCUGAGAAGCAAGCGAGAGCCACUGACCCAGAGUGGAAAAGAAAGGCAGAAGAGCUGCGAUGGAGAGAGAUGGAGGAGAGACAAAGACCCUUCACUUUUAAGGUGUCCUCGGGUGAGAAGCAGAUACUCUUCCAGAGGGUCAACCUUACUCCAGUUAUUCCAGCAACUGGCCAACAAAGUGAAACAACAGCUGAAACCAGGGAGGGAGCCAAAGCCCCUUCACCAGGAUGUGCUGAUUCGCCUCUGUCUUCAUCUCUUUACGUCCCUCAUACUGCUAUUCUUGUGACAGGGGCCCAGCUUUGUGGAACAGCAGUCAAUCUUGAUCAGAUCAAGGAUACAGCUUGCAAGUCCCUUCUUGGUCUUCCUGAAGGCAAAAAAGCCAUGGGCAUUCCACAAACCAAGAGCAAAACAUCUCCAGAACGUAAAUCUGAAAAAAUGAAAUCCUCAUACGAGUCUUCCGUAUCUGCAGACCAAUCCAAUGCUGCUGUACUAGCGGAAUGGGCAAGUAUCCGAUCCAAAAUAUUUAAGGGUGCCGAUGAUGGAAAAUACAAUGAGAAUCUAGAUGAGAGUCGCAAGCAGUCCAAGAGCAGACCAAUAAGUGAGGAUCUAAACACAGUGCCAUUGUCUCACACCAACCUCAGGAAAACCUUGUCAGCCAGUGCUAAGUUUUCCAUUACCCCAGCCAGAAAGAAAUUCGCUGCUUCUAACAGAAACUCCGAAAUUUUCAGACAGGUAGGAAGAGAGGGUGAGAACACAGAAACGACAUCUAUAGAAACUCCCUCUGUCCAAAAGGUAGAUUUGCCUUCUGUAGGUACCAAGAUCCAGAACAGGGGAAAUAAGUUUGUCCGUAUUGCAGAUAGUCCUGAAGAAUGCAAGUUUGCCAAAGACUUCCCUUCCUUUCUUGUUCCAAGUCCACCACAUGGAACCUCCAAAUCACAGAGAUCUGAGACUGGGUCCCCAAGUUACACAGAAUCAGAAGACUCAGACACAAAGUAUGAAGGUGUUCAGAAGGAUCCGAGUUGUAAUGAGACACCCUCACCUUUUGGAAUCAAGCUGAGAAGAACCAACUACUCUCUUCGCUUCCAUAAUGAACAAUCUGCAGAGAAGAGGAAGAAAAGGUACAGUGCAGGAGACAGCUUUGAAGGGGUCCCAGUGCCCUUAACCUCCAUUGACAAAGACUCUGACACAUCUACACUCUCUGAAAAGUCAAGCCCAGCUUCUCCCCAACAAGAGACUGAUGGACACCAACCCCCUGCAGCACCAAGUAAAGAAUCGCAAACAAAGUUUUUCAUAAGUAAUCUCCCAUCAGCAUACAAUGAAGGUGACAACAUUGUCUCAAAGCCUCCACUUUACCAAAAACCAUCUACCUCCCCAAAACCAUCUGAAGGUGCCACACCUCCACACUCUCCUCUCCCAAAACCAGGCAGAAGGACUUCAGGGGACAUGAUUUCCCAAAGAACAGGGAAAUUUGAACAGGUAGCUGCUGAGUGGAGCGACGAAACUUCAGCAUCUGGACCAUCCCGGAGAAAUGGAGAGGAUGAGGUAAAAGAGAAGAAGUCAUUUUUUCCAUCCAUCAGCAUCCCUUGGAGAGAAAAAACAGAUCGCAGGACAGAACUUAUUAAAAGAGAAAAACUCUCUCUGCAGAUCAGACACUCCCUUGACAGCUCACAAACACAGGAGAAAGAGGCAGGACCAUUGUGGGUCAAUCUGGCACUGCAGAAACAGAAAGGAUUCAGGGAACAGCAGCAGAACCGAGAGGAGAGGAAAAGCCAGCGAGAGGUUAAGAUGGCUGAGAAACAGGAUAGAGACAGAGCAAGCGUUGAAAUGGUCAGCCCCACUGAAUAUAAAGGCAAUAGAAGUUCAAGCCCCCCCAAGCCUCAAACUGCAGAUGAGAAUAAGAGACCAGACACACUCCUGGCCCGCUUUGAACGACGCGAGAACUUGAAGAAAGCCAAUACCUUACCCAGCUCAGUCACAGUUGAAAUAACAGACUCUACACCCUCUCCGCCAGCAACGAAGGAUGUGACAAAGCGCUUCCCGCCUGGUGACACUACACAGGUUUCUACUGAGCCUGCCUGGCUCGCCCUCGCCAAGCGUAAGGCCAAAGCCUGGAGUGAAUGCCCACAGAUCAUCAAGUGAUC